CACCUAGGAAAUGUUUCAUAAAGAUGAUCUGAUUUUUGUCCUUGCUAUUAAGGUCGGAUAUCUACUGAAGGUCGGGUGGAGCCCGGUCUACUUGAAUCAUUUGACUCGUCAACGUUAAGAAAGUCAUGGAGUGUAUAAUAGGGAUCAAGAUGAACGAUUUUGUGUUACUGGCAGCAGACAUGCGAUGUGCCCACUCAAUUCUUACCAUUAAACAUGAUGAGGGCAAGAUGUUUAAAUUUAGUAAACGAGUGCUAGCUGCCGUAUGUGGUGAAUCUGGUGACACUUCUCAGUUUUCCGAGUUCAUUCAACAAAACAUGCAGCUAUACGAAAUAAGAAAUGGAUAUGAGUUAACUCCUAGUGCAGCUGCUAAUUUUACCAGGAACAAUAUGGCAGAAUCCCUGCGUAGUCGAUCUCCGUACUUUGUCAAUUUACUUAUAGCCGGCUUUGACCUUCAGACAGGCCCUGAGCUGUAUUAUUUGGACUAUUUGGCCUCUCUAAUUAAGGUACCUUUCGCAGUGCAUGGAUACGGAGCUCUUGUUGCUUUGAGUAUCUUAGACCGUAUGCACCGUCCAGAUAUGACUGUAAAUGAAGCUGUCGCACUUUUGCGUUUGUGUAUUCAGGAAGUUCAGAAACGUCUAGUUAUAAAUCUUGAUCGGUACAUGGUCCGUAUUGUUACUAAAGAUGGCAUCGAGGAGCUACCCGACCUGGCUGAUUUUGCUGUAAAAGAAUAAAUUUUCCAAAAUAAAUUUCUUACGCCUUGUAGAACUAUCGUUUCGUUGUCUGAUACUUAAAAAAACAUUAAGUUGGAUUCGUGUCAUGUGAUUAAGCAUCGUUGUAGUAGGUUUUAUUACUUAAUAGACCUUAAAAAAGUUAUGGACUUGCAGCGUUGCUUUUGUGAUUUUUAGUUAAUAUAUUGCCCGCGAAAAUUGUGCAACUUUAUUUUGUUGGAUUUUAUCAAUCAACAAAGUACAUAAACUAUUGUAACCCAUGGAUCACUGAAUGAAGAAACUAUCAGUAAGAUCAUUUAGACAGAUGUAUGCCUACUUUUACCAAACAACCCGAAUGGGAUGUCAAUAUAAGACACCUGUUUCUUAAAAAAGUAGGAAAAGU